AUAUUUUGGCCGCAUAUCGCCACUAGAAUACACACCGAGGAAACUCCUUUAUAUUCUCCACCAAUCGUCACUACGCCUUUAACUCUCUCUCUCUAUCUCUUAGUUUCUCUCUCUACAGAAGCAGAGGCAGAGGCAGAGGCAGAGGCAUAGGCAUAUUUGGGAAAUGGAGGGGUUGGUAUGGGACGAGUUGCAGGUGAAGAUAUCGGCUGAUGCACUGUGGGAUGUGUAUGGUACAGGGAAGCUUGGCAAUCUAAUCCCAAAGCUCAUACCCAACAUCAUCAAUGCUAUACACUUCUUGGAAGGGGACGGUGCCGAGGGGACCGUCAUACACAUAUGCUUCGCACCUGGGACCCCUGGGCCUAGCUCUUACAAAGAGAGGUUUGUGAAGAUUGACAAUGAAGCACGUGUGAAGGAGGCCCUAGCAAUUGAGGGGUUGAAGGAAUUUGGGUUCAAGAAAUACUUGGUUAGGCUUGAAAUUCAAGAGAAGCCCGGGGGUAUUUCGGUCAUAAAAUCAAGCAUUCAAUAUGAGAUCGAUGAGGAGCACGCGUGGACCCCUCCUCCAAUUACUAUCAUGCCUUUCAAACUCAUUGCUGAAAAAGUCGCAAAUUAUUUAUCUGAGUCUCACUAGAAACCUUGUCACUUUGGUUUGCGCCUUGGUUUGGACCUAUGUUGUGUUGGUUUUUUUAAUAAAUGAGAAGCUUCCUUUGCCUUUGUGCACUUGCUUAUAAGACAA